UGCCGGAGGAAACAGUGCACACGCAGCUUCAGAUGCGCAAUAUACGGUCUCAUCGAAACUGAAGUCUUUUCAGAGGUCUCAUCUUCGCCAUCAGCUGCUCGUUCACAUCUCUUAUUGCUUAAUUACUUUUCUUUAGAUUUUUAACAGCGAGAGUAAAGCGCUAGGUCAAGCUCGCACCUGAGGAACAAAGUUUGAGAGUACAGUUUUGCUAAAGUUUGCAGUGCGCACAUGGCUGCUCUGAUAAGCGCGUACUCGUCCUGGCCGGAGAGCUUUGAGUGCUCCGCGGGAAACGGAGACUUACCUGACGGACACGCCUCCCACAGGGCUCCUGCGGACAAGGUGUCGGAGCCGCGCAUCAGGAGACCCAUGAACGCCUUUAUGGUUUGGGCCAAAGAUGAGAGAAAGAGACUCGCAGUCCAGAACCCAGAUCUACACAAUGCAGAGCUGAGCAAGAUGCUGGGAAAGUCAUGGAAAGCUUUAACUCCACCGCAGAAGCGACCAUACGUGGAGGAAGCGGAGCGGCUGAGGGUUCAGCACAUGCAGGACUACCCCAAUUACAAGUACCGUCCCCGCAGAAAGAAGCAGCUGAAACGCAUCUGUAAACGCGAGCACCCCGGUUUCCUCCUGACCACCCUCGGUCCCGACCAGAAUUCCUUACCAGACCCCCGUUGCUGUCACCCCCUUGACAAAGAUGAUGAGGGUGUUGUAGGUGGCAGCGGUGGUUUCGGUUCUCCUAAUGCAACUCUACCUGGCGUGAGGGUCUUCAGAGAUCCCGCAAGCUCCAACAGCAGCUUUGAUACCUACCCGUACGGCUUGCCCACACCACCAGAGAUGUCACCUCUGGACGCCGUAGACCACGAGCACCAGUACUACUCGUCCUCCAGUUCGGUUUCCACCAGCUCCUGUUCGUCCUCCACCUCUUGCCCAGAAGAUAGGCGACACACCCCGGUCCACAUGAGCAGUCCACCUCCCUACCAUCCUGACUACUCGCAACAGGUGACUCUACACUGUGGGAGCUCACAUUUGGGCCACAUCUCAAUGUCUCACCAGGGAAGUGGGGCGACCCUUAUCCCCGCUCCUCCGCUUUCCUAUUACAGCCCAUCGUUCCCACAAGUUCAGAUUCACCACGGGCAUCAGGGGCACAUGGGCCAGCUGUCACCUCCUCCAGAACAGGGACACCUGGAGAGUUUGGACCAACUGAGCCAGGCUGAAUUGCUAGGUGAAGUAGAUCGAGAUGAGUUUGACCAGUACCUAAAUUCCACAAGCUAUCACCCCGAGCAGGGUGGGAUGACAGUCACAGGACACAUCCAGGUAACGCCGGCUUCAGUUUGCUCUAGCAGUAAUACAGAAACCAGCCUCAUCUCCGUAUUGGCCGAUGCUACGGCGGCCUACUAUAACAAUUACAGCAUUUCAUAAAUAGACUUUGACACAGAC